AGGUUGUAACAGUAAGUUGCUCUCCACGUAGAGUGACAUAGAUUAGUUAAAAAAGUUGUUAAUUAGCAUUAACCCUAAUAUAUAUUUCUGUGGUUUUCGGAAACGACUUCCCAACGGGGUAACGGGAAAAUCCGAGGAGCACAUGAUUGCAGCAUAAUCACCAACGUCAGCUAAAUGUAGCUAAUGUGCAGAGUAGAAAACACGUAUUUAAGCGUAAACCCUUCUAAUAUGAACCAGUCUCUGUCUCCAUUUUUUGCAAAAGUUAUUAUUUUAAGCAAACGGGCGUAGCGGAGCAUUUUGAAAAAAACUGUUAUCAUAAACAACAUUUCCACUCGAUGUGGAAUGUGUGGGUGGGCCCGCAUGUUGCAUAAUAACGGUUGUGGGGAGAUUAGCGCUGGCUAACGUUAGCCACCUAGCAUGUGCAGUGUGGUUUAAAUAAUGCAACGCUAUGUGGUCUGAUUUAAAGCAAUUAAGUUCAUAUCGUAAAAACACAACAUUGCCUUGCGCGUGUUACCAUGUUGCCGGGGUAACCACCAGCUGGUUUAGCAUGCUAGCUAAAGUUAGCCGCUAACGUUACUUUCUGUUGCAUGUUUGCUGGAAGAAGGGGCGUGGCUAGCCUGCUGUUAGCCUAGCCAGCUAAAUUGGGGUUAUCACCUUCCCCCCUUGUGCGUGCUAUCAGCAGUCCCUGAGAUAUUUCCACCUGUCGGGAGUUUUAGAGCCCCCGCUGAUGUUUUUCAUCAUGCAGGCUGAAUUCGUAGCACCGUAAAAGGCGUUGUUUCCUGUCUGUGUUGCAUGUGGUUACUUCUUGUUGUCAUCGCUGAACAGUGACUGUGUGUACCCACGCCGGAGCUCCGCAGACAGACGACGAUGAAGAGAAGCAGGCACCCCAGCAGCAGUGAUGACUCCGACAAUGGAAGAAGGAAAUCAAAACAGAGAAAAGGGAAGAAGGGCAGCAGAUGGACAAAGAUUAAGGAAAAGAAAAAGAAGGUCUACAGUCUGAGAGACAGGGCACAGAAUAGGGACACUUGGACCUUUAAAGACAUCCUGGCAGGUAAUUCCACCUGCUGGUCCCAACAUUCGUCACAGCCCAGGAGGGGGACCGGGCAGAAACCCUCCGAGGUUUUCAGGACCGACCUGAUUACCGCCAUGAAGGUGCAUGACUCGUACCAGCUGAACCCGGAGGACUACUACAUCCUGGCCGACCCGUGGAGGCAGGAGUGGGAGAAGGGCGUCCAGGUUCCCGUCAGCCCCCAGUCCAUCCCGCAGCCUGUCGCCAGGGUGCUGGCCGAGAAAGGAAAGGAGGUCAUGUUCGUCAAGCCGAAGAAGUUGAUCCGGACGUCUGGCACUGAGGCGCUGGGCUACGUGGACAUCCGGACGCUGGCGGAGGGGAUGUGCCGCUACGACCUGAACGAGGAGGACGUGGCCUGGCUGCAGACCGCCAACGAGGAGUUUGCAGAGAUGGCCAUGCCGCCGCUUGACGAGAUCACCAUGGAGCGUGUGAUGGAGGAGUUUGAGCGCUGCUGUCACGAAAACAUGACGCACGCCAUGGAGACGGAGGAGGGGCUGGGCAUCGAGUACGACGAGGACGUGGUGUGUGACGUCUGCCGCUCGCCUGACGGGGAGGACAACAACGAGAUGGUGUUCUGCGACAAGUGCAACAUCUGUGUUCACCAGGCGUGUUACGGCAUCCAGAAAGUCCCAAAGGGCAGCUGGCUGUGCCGGAUCUGUGCCCUCGGCAUCCUGCCAAAGUGCCAGUUGUGUCCCAAGAAGGGGGGAGCCAUGAAGCCGACCCGAAGCGGAACCAAGUGGGUCCACGUCAGCUGUGCCUUGUGGAUUCCAGAGGUGAGCAUCGGGAAUCCAGAGAAGAUGGAGCCGAUCACCAAUGUGUCCCACAUUCCCAGCAACAGAUGGGCUCUGAUCUGCUGCCUGUGCAAAGAGAAGGCCGGAGCGUGUAUACAGUGCUCCGCGAAAAACUGCCGGACUGCCUUCCACGUGACGUGCGGCCUCCACGCCAGCCUCGAAAUGAACACCAUUCUCACCGAGGACGACGAGGUCAAGUUCAAGUCCUACUGCCCCAAACACUCGGGGCUGGAGGGCGCUGAGUCCAGGGAGCGAGACUCUGGAGGAGAGGAGGAGAGGGAGAGCGCCAGAGACAAGAAGGGCAAGAGGAGAGGCAGGGUUAGAGGGGAGGAAGACGCCGCCUCCUCCUCUUCCUCUUCCUAUGUGGCUCCGCAGCUGGCCGACAGCGCAGCCAGCGACCUGGAGGCGCUCGCCUGUCGCCAGCAGGAAAAGAGAGUCAGCCUGCGCAAGCUGAAGCUGCAGGAGAUGGAGGAAGAGUUCUACCAGUUUGUGGAGGUGGAGGAGGUGGCCGCCCACCUGAAGCUGGCGCCCGAGGCGGUGGACUUCCUGUACCAGUACUGGAAACUGAAGCGCAAAGCCAACUUCAACCAGCCGCUGCUCACGCCCAAGAAGGACGAGGAGGACAGCCUGGCGCGCCGCGAGCACGAGGUGCUGCUGCGCCGCCUGCAGCUCUUCACACAUCUGCGCCAGGACCUGGAGAGGGUGCGUAACCUGACCUACAUGGUGACUCGCAGGGAGAAGAUGAAGCGCUCGCUGUGGAGAGUCCAGGAGCAGAUCUUCCAGCACCAGGUCCGACUGGUUGACCACGAGCUGCUCACGGGCGAUCCGUCAGCGAAGGAUUUGGAGAAGCUCUUCUCUCUGGGCUGGUUAUCGUCUCAGGGCUCCCAGGCUCGCCCCUCCUGGAGCCACUCUGGACUCAAAACCAAACAAGGGUCUUUAAAGCAGGAAAAAAGGGGAAGUGGCGAGAGAAAAGGCCUCUCGGACUCCCCGCACACUCACAAGAAGGACAAUCUAAGCAAACCGGUGGAGACGAAGGACAGUAAAGUCUCCCGAGUCAGAGAGUCUGAGCCCGCUGAGGACACACGCAACGCCAAAACCCCCAACCCUGACAUCAGCCCGGAGAGUCCCUUCCCAAAGUUUCAGAAGCCAGAAGUCAUUCAGGAAACCAUCACCAUCAGGGGCCCCAGGAGGGAGGCCCCAGGGCCUGAACCUGAGGCUCUGGCCAGGCGGAAACGAGACAACGACCAGGAACAAGAGGAGAGGAGGAGGAAGAGGAAGAGCGAUGUGACCGAGAGCUUCCCCAGCCAGGCGAAGAACAGGUACGGGUCCAAACACCUGGAGAAAACCGUGUCCAUCCGGCUGGUCGACAUCCGCAACUCCGACAACGACGACUUCUUCACGGACGAAGGAAUGACCAAACGGUGCCCCGUCUCUCUGGGCGCGCCGACCAACACUAAACUCAGCAGGGCCAGCGAGGCCGCCCCCGCUCCCGCCAAAGCCAACGGGUGGCUGAGGAAAGCUCACACCAACGGCUCGCACACAACCAGCAGACACGUGGGCGGACAUCUGAGGAGCUGGGGGAAGUUCAGGAUCCCGAAGAGGAGCGAGAGGCCUCCGAUGGCGGCCAUGAAGGCUCCGCAAGAGGUGGAGCACGGCGAGCCGCUGCUGAGGCCGCUGACCAACCCCCCAGAGCCGUCGUACCCCAGGACCAGACUCCGGACGGGGACGGAGAGUGACGGCUACGCCUCCGACUCCAGAGCCGGCGAGGUGGAGCCCUGCUUGAAACGAUGCCACUCCCACCAACUGCGGGGCGACGCGUCCCUCGGCCGGGGCUACGGCUCUGACAUCAUCCGCCGAGGCGUGCUGGCCUCCUGAUGGCAGAGCAACACUUAAAAUAAGCUGCACUGUGUUAGUCGGAAAAGAACGACGGCCGCUCUUUGUACCUUUUUUUAUUUUUAUUUUUUUUUAUUUUUUUUCUCUCGAAUGAAUCAUAAAAAUGCCUAGAUGAAAAACAGAGCUGAUAUUUAUUUUUUAUUUGUAACAUAUGUAAAUCUGGGAAAUAUUUGACUUUAUUUUGAACUAGUUUUUAGUUUCUUUCCUUUUUAAAAGUAGAAGGAUGUCAAGUUGCCACUUAAAUGCUCGCACAGAUAAAAACAAGCAAACUAGGGACAAGUUGGGAUCGUUGCUUGGGACCAUAAGCUUGCGCUGUAGUUUGUUUUUGACAUAGUAUUAAACUCCGUUGCACUUAGUCAAACAAGCGGACACAGAUAAUCAUCUUGUCAGCAAAAUAGGACUCUUAGAUCUUUCAUUCUUUAUUAUUAUUUUUUUUUUUUAUCAAGCUUCAACGGACUUAACAGCUCCAAACAGGAAGGCAAACUGCCCUUUUAUUGCUAUUUAAACUCCAGCUGUCAUCAUUUGUUCAGUCUGCAAUUGUUGAACAUUAUGGGCUGGGAAACCACAAAAAAGGAGUUGAGAAUGACGUUUCCUUGUCACAGUACUUAAGUGUAAUUGAACUGCGAUCGUAUCGUAUCCAUCAUGUGCCUAACUUUUAUUUGAAGCAUUUGCACUACGAGAGGACGGCACAGGUGUGAGGUUAUGAGUAGAGUUAUUUUUACACUGAAUAAUUAAAAAAAAGCAUUUUGUACACUCGGCCGCUGCUGUACUACUGUUAUGCAAAAUGAAACUUGUUUUUGUCUGUCUUAAAGAGGAAUAAAAACUUUGGAGGACUUAA